AUGGAUAAACUUGAGUUAUGUAAAGCAAACAACGUUCCUCUAACUCCCAUAACGUUCUUGAAGAGAGCUUCCGAGUGUUACCCCAAUCGAACUUCCAUAAUCUAUGGAAAUUAUCGUUUCACUUGGCCUCAGACCUAUGACCGUUGUUGUCGUCUCGCUGCUUUUCUCCUCUCUCUCAACAUCACCAGAAACGAUGUGGUCUCGAUUUUGGCUCCAAACGUACCUGCCAUGUACGAGGUGCAUUUUAGCGUUCCCAUGACUGGAACCGUACUUAACCCUAUUAACACCCGUCUUGAUGCCAAAACCAUAGCCGUCAUUCUCCGCCACGCCGAGCCAAAGGUCGUAUUUGUGGACCAUGAGUUUGCUCCUUUGAACCGAGAAGUCUUCCGUCUCCUAUCCUUUGGUGAGUUACAAGCUCACUCGCUGAUCAUAUUCAUCAAUGAGAUCGGUUCCACUACGAAUCCUUCCUCCAAGGAGUUAGACUACGAAGGUCUCAUCCGAGAAACAGAAACUACACCCUCCCUGUCUGCAACUACGUUCCUUGUCCAUGACGAGAAUGACCCUAUCUCUUUGAACUACACGUCUGGCACCACAUCCGAACCAAAAGGUGUGGUGGUUAGCCACCGAGGAGCCUACUUGAGCGCUUUGAGCUCAAUUAUUGGCUGGGAAAUGGCCAUUCGCCCGGUCUAUCUCUGGACUCUUCCAAUGUUUCACGGUACUGGAUGGACCCACACAUGGUCUGUGGCUGCACGUGGUGGCACCAACAUUUGCAUAAGAAGUGUGACUGCCCUAGAGAUCUAUAAGAACAUAGAUCUACAUGAAGUGACGCACAUGUGUUGUGCUCCUACAGUCUUUAAAAUUCUACUUGAAGGAGGUGGAACCGGCCAGAUAUCUAGGUCCCCGCCUGUCCGGGUACUAACUGGAGGUUCAGCACCGCCGGCUGCGCUUAUUGAAAAAGUGCAGCGAUUGGGAUUCCAGUUGAUGCACUCCUAUGGCCUAACAGAGGCUACCGGGUCGGUUCUAUUUUGUGAGUGGCAAGAUGAGUGGAACAGACUACCAGCGGAUCGACAGAUGCAGCUGAAAGCAAGGCAAGGGGUAAGCAACUUAGCCAUAGCCGACGUCGAUGUGAAGAACACGAAAACAAAGGAGAGUGUCCCACGGGACGUGAAAACAAUUGGAGAGAUUGUCAUUAAAGGAAGUAACAUAAUGAAAGGAUAUCUAAAUAAUCCUAAAGCAACAAUUGAAGUGUUUAAACACGGAUGGCUCAACACCGGAUAUAUAGGCGUGAUUUAUCCUGAUGGGCACUUAGAGAUCAAAGACCGAUCCAAGGACAUCAUCAUAUCGGGAGGUGAGAACAUAAGCAGUAUUGAGGUCGAGAAAGUUCUUUACGAACACCAGGAAGUGAUGGAGGCUGCGGUUGUGGCCAUGCCUCACCCUCUGUGGGGUGAAACUCCAUGCGCCUUUGUUGUUCUAAAAAAAGGUGAAAAGAAAUCGAUGACCAAAGAAGAAGAUCUGAUUAAGCAUUGCCGUGAGAAUAUGCCGCACUAUACGUGUCCCAGGAAGGUUGUGUUCUUGGAAGAACUGCCCAAGAAUGGGAUCGGAAAGAUACUAAAGCCGAAGCUAAGAGAUAUCGCUAAAGGUUUGGUCGUCGAUGAGGACGAUAUCGGUUCCAAGAAAGUUCAAGGAACGGGUGUUAAUCAAGUUAGCUCAAAGCUUUAA